UAAUGAUGAUGAAUGUAUGGAGAGCUGGUCGCAGAACCAGCCACAGAGUCACGAAAACAGCAGUCCCAGUUUCUGCAAGAAACUUCAGUGCAGUUAUUUACGAUACUACUGAUGAAGCCAUUGCUGAUAUCCCUCAUGGAGCUAGUAUUUCCUUCGGAGGAUUCGGAUUAGUUGGUAUUCCAGAGAAAUUGAUUGAUGCUUUGGUAAGGAAAGGAACCAAGGACAUCCACGCAGUCUCUAAUGAAGCUGGUGUUGAUGGUCAUGGACUUGAUAAGCUUCUUAUGAACCACCAGAUCAGAGAGAUCACUUGUAGUUUCGCAGGAAACAACCUCAAUUUCGAGAAACAGUACUUUGGUGGGGAUUUAAAAGUGAAUCUUGUUCCUCAAGGAUCUUUCGCUGAAAAACUUAGAGCUGGUGGAGCAGGAAUCCCUGCCUUCUAUACUAGGACUGGUGUCGGAAGUAUUGUCGGUGAUGGAGGUAUGGUUAAGAAAUUCGCUCCAGGAGGUGCAGAAGUUGAGGAAGUCUCUAUUGGUAAGGAAAUGAGGAUCUUCAACAACAUGAGAUACAUCAUGGUUCACUCCUUAACCACAGACUACGCCAUUGUCAAAGGGCAUGUUGCUGAUACUCUUGGAAAUGUUAUCUUUAACAAGACUGCCUUGAACUUUAACUCAGAUAUGUGUAAAGCUAGUAAAAGAGCCAUUGUUGAGGUCGAAGAUAUCGUCCCAGCAGGAGAGUUAGAUCCUCAUCAUAUUCAGUGUCCUCACAUCUAUGUACAGAGAUUAGUUAAAGGAACCAACUAUGUUAAACCAAUUGAGCAAUAUACUAUCAGAAAAGAUGGUGAAGAUGCUUCAGAAUCUGAAUACUUCAAGACUGAGUCUGGUAAAAUAAGAGCAAAGAUUGCCAAGAGAGCAGCUCAGUUUGUCCAGGACAAGAACUACAUUAAUCUAGGAAUCGGUAUUCCUGUUCUUAUCACGAACUUCCUUGAUCCAAAGUUGGAAGUCCAUUUCCAGAGUGAGAACGGUAUUCUUGGACUUGGAGAGUUCCCAUACGAGCACGAGGUCGAUCCAGACUUGAUUAAUGCUGGAAAACAGGUUGUCACUAUCAAGAAGGGAGGUUCUUUCAUGACUUCUUCUGAGACAUUUGCCAUGAUUCGUGGUGGACACAUUGAUAUUACUUUCUUAGGAGGUAUGCAGGUGUCUGAAAAAGGAGAUCUGGCCAACUGGAUUAUCCCAGGCAAAGUCGUAAAGGGAAUGGGAGGUGCUAUGGACCUCGUAGGUGGAGCUAAGAGAAGAAUCGUUGUCAUGCAACACUGCACCAAAAAUGGAAGACCAAAGAUUCUUAGAGAGUGCUCAUUACCGUUAACAGGAAACAAAUGAGUUUCAGCUGUUGUCACCGAAAAAGCAGUCUUCCAAUGGGACAAGCUCAGAAAGAUGCAUCUCACUGAUAUUGCUGAAGGCACAACUGUUGAAGAAAUUAGAGCUAUGACUGAAGCUAUCUUCGUUGUUGAUGAAGAUCUCAAGACAUUUUAAUUUCAAAAGCAACUCUUAAAUUC